AUGUCAUCAACUGCAACAGAUAGGGCCUGUCGACCACUUUACAGAGAUGGACAAAUAGGACUUCGCAAGGCAGUGUGGCUGCGCAUGGAUCCGGUGACCAAGUGGACUAUUUUGGUAGACUUGGCUCGAAGGGGUCCAUACUUACUGGAGAGAGGCAAUGUAGAACACACGAGGCUGAUGCGUUUUAUUUUUUGUAUCAGAAACUAUUUUUCAAAGCGAAAAAGUUGUUUGGAUCCUUCUGAGCCUCAGAAAGAUAUGCACACCCAAGAAAAGACACAGCCCGAGGUUUUGGGUCAGGAUGACGACCAGGUGCAUUUCACACCGACUUCUACCAUUCACCACGCCUUUAUUUGCCAAGCGCUACCAUACGCGACGCGCCUCCAACUAGCGCUCUCUUUGCUUCUUUGGCUUCGUUGUUUGCGCGAUGUGCAGGAUACACUUGCGCGGCUACGUACACCUUUUGCCCAUAACACGCGCCUGGGGAAUAGUCUUUUGGCACAUGUUUUUCCCACUCGUCUUACAGAGCAUUGGGUAGACCCCUUCACCCAUCUGUCGGUUAAGAUGAACGAGAAGCUUAAUGGAACCGGGGAGCAGGUCCCGGCUCCGCACACCUGGGACCCUGAGACGGUGGAGGACGAUGGGUCGGAGUGGACGGUGUCCCUCGGGGGUGAACGUGCUCCACAUGGGAAACGUGCCGUGAGCAGGGCCGCACUUCUGGACCGUGUUCAGGGCCUCACGCCUCGUCCUAGCGCAGAUGAUGAGCACGUGGCUCGCCUGGUAGGUGUCGGAUCAAACCGGCGGCAGCGUCGUCUCCACCUGGUUGCUCGCCAGAACAGCGGACAUUUUCCAUUUUCAACAACUGGUGACUCAGCAAGUGAAAAUAUCAAGCCGUCUGCUGGUACCGACAGGACGACAAUUCAAUGGGCUAAUACAGAUUCCAACCGCGUCUUGCCGCCCUCACCGCUUGAUUCAAACCCACUUGAGGAUGCCGCCUACCAUGCCAACAACGAGCGCGGUGAGGGAUGCCCAUUAAGCAAUCAUGGAACGGUCUCAUCGUCCCCUAUUCACAUUCCUGGUCGUGGCAGCAGAGUCUGGGAUGGGUGCGGUUCAACGUUGGAUAUACACAACGCCGCGCUCGAGGUCGAAGCCACACUGGGGCGGUGUGUGCAGGCCCAUGCGGCAAUUCUUUCUUCUUUAUUUAUUGAAGGUCGUGUGGUCCAGUUUACCACUACGGACCCCGUUGUUUAUCAUUACGUUCUCUGGCUUUUUGAAGAGCUUAUUAUAGAGAAAUAUAUCUUUUGCAAGCUAAUCCAAGAAAAGGACGAGUCAGUUUCCACGCAACUAAUGCCGUAUUACCCACCAUGGUGCUUUCGGUCAGUCCUUGCACUAUUACCACCUGCAACAGAGAGAAUCAAAAAAUCCGAGGCUGCCAACCUUGCCGGACUCAUUCUUCGAGCGGCACCAUGUGAUGUGCUUAUUGAAAACGUUCCUUCUAUUUGCACAGACAACAACAGUGAGCAUGAAUCACCCAACAGAAGUGAAUCUGGGGGAGCAUCCGUGACAUCAUACAUCGCGCAGGUUCAGGAGGAAGUUGAAAAACAGAGGCAAGUAUUGAUGAAAACAAUUUCAUGUAAAAAUCAACCCCACAAGAAUGGGUCAAAAGAAGCAAAUACAUGGCGAGUAUCCUGGGUGUUUCUUCGUUCCCACCAGUUGAACUACCCGAAUGACAAAGGCACCCCAACGGUUAAUAACAACGAAGAAUAUAGCAGAACACCUAACAGCUCUGGGCACCUACUCAACUUCGUUACCAAUCAAGAAAAUGUGGAUCCUAAUCCAAAAUAUACCCCUGGCGUCAUCCGAAUGCACUUCCACAUCCUUUUAACAUCAUACACUACAAAGAUAUUAAAUUUUUUGAUAAGUGUUUACCAGAGGUGGACUAGCAACAGCGAUGUAAAUCUAGAAAGCACUAAACGACAGCGACGAGGCAAGUGGUUCAUCGAGCAGGUAAACAGCGUUGUAGAGGAUCGCAUUCAUGCCCUUCAGCUUCUGUGCCUUUCUCAUAAUUGUAUCCUACCCCAACGCCACCUGCAGGAGUGGGUAUGGGAGCAGCUCCCGUGCAGCCUCCGUCUUGUGGGUGUUAACACCUCUCCGUGGGAUGCACUCUUUUUCUUCCCCCAAGUCCCAUUUUUAAGCCACAAAGUAGGGAAUGCUUUCCGCUUUCGAGCCGUUGAGCGUGUUGUUGUUGCGAAGCAUGCCGCAGCCUUCGGUGCGGGGCCGCUUCGAAGGCUAGCCGGCCGCAGCUUUUGGCUACGUGGAGGCAAGGGAUGGGAGAGGACUGGUUUGCAUGCUCGGCUAAACACAUUGGAUCGAGCACGUCUGUUAAAAGCCCAAAAUUGCCAUAGUAAAAAUACCGAAAAAUUAUUUAAAACGUUGAAUGAGGCCAAUAAAAUAGUGAUGAAACGCCACAACGAUAAAGCAGCAGACAUGUUAGUGACGGAGCGUUCAAUAGAUUACUUGGCUAACCCUAACAAACUGACAUGGAUUGGGCUAGUUUCGGCUAUCGUCUUUCGUUUGUAG